UGGACAAUCACUCCUCAGCCUUCCAAAAACCAGACAACUACAUGAGAGAGAGAAAUACUAGUAGUAAAAGAGCGUAGUAAAGAGAGAGAGGGAGAGAAUAUGUGAGUGUGUACAGUAGAACUACAAUUGAAACCAAAACAAAACAACCUUUCUUGUUUUUCACUUAUUCAUUCAUCACUUUUCUCGAAACCCUCUCUCUCUCUCUCUUUCUCUCUCUCUCUAUCCAAGAUGGAAAUGAGCUCAGCAUCAUCACCAAGAGAGAAGAAGGCCUCUCCCACAAACAGCUCCAGCAGCAGCAGCAUCAAUGCCUCCCCACUCCCCCUCCCCCUCCCCACCCCACCCCACACCCCAACCCCAAAGCCCAGAUCCCACGACGCCAACAAUCCCUACCCAACCACCUUCGUCCAAGCCGACACCACCACCUUCAAACAGGUCGUCCAAAUGCUAACCGGAUCCCCCAAACCCGAUCCAUCUCCCACGCCUCCUCGCUCCGGCUCCGGCUCUGGCAUCGGCAUUCCACCCAUCAAGAGCACCAAUCAGAAGAAGCAAGGCUUCAAGCUCUACGAGCGCCGCAACAGCCUCAAGAACGGCCUCAUCAUCAACACCUUUUCCCCCAAUUAUUCGAAUUCCAAUUCCAAUUCCAAUUCCAAAUCGCCCGGAAUUCUGUCGCCGAGCAUACUUGAUUUUCCGGCGCUGAUGCUGAGCCCGGUCACGCCGAUCAUCAACGAGGAGGAGAGGGCGAUUGCGGACAAGAAAUUCUACUUCCACCCGUCGCCGCGGACCGCGCCGGAGCCGCCGCAGCUGCUGCCGCUCUUUCCGGUUACCUCGCCGCGGGCCUCUACUUCUUGAUCUCCUUUUGUACAAUUCAUUUUUAAUCUUCCAUCUUUUAGCCAUAAAUGGAUUAAUUAACACAAAAUUGGGCUAAUUUCUAACA